AUUUAGUAAUUUUCAAUGAGCGAACUCCAAACUUUCCGAAGAUCGUAUAUCCCUCCUCUUCCUACCAUUUUGACCAAGGACGUGAAUGUGAAGAAAUGCGAGGCACUGGGCGCUGCCGCUGAUCACGAGAAAAUUCAGGCUUUGUUCCCCUGCACUUACGGACUUCCUCGUGUAGAGUAUGAGGAGUGCACCGGCAAGGUCUGGAGACCCAUGAACAUCGGUGUGGUGCUUUCGGGAGGUCAGGCUCCUGGAGGUCACAACGUGAUUGCCGGAAUCUACGACUUCACGAAGAAGGUGGGCGGAAACAUGUACGGAUUCCGCUACGGACCCCGUGGUGUGUUCACCGGCAAGUACGUGAAGAUCGACGACAAGUUCAUGGACCAAUACCGCAACAUGGGAGGCUUCGAUAUGAUCGGUUCGGGUCGUGACAAAAUCAAGGGAGACGACCAGUUCCAAGCGUCCGCGAAGGUUUGCAACGAUCUGGAAUUGGACGGUCUGAUCGUCAUCGGAGGCGACGACUCGAACACAAACGCUGCCCUUCUGGCGGAGUACUUCCAGAGCAUCCACCACCGCACGCACGUGAUCGGCUGCCCCAAGACGAUCGACGGCGAUCUGAAGAACGACUACAUCCCGGUGUCCUUCGGCUUCGACACGGCGUGCAAGAUCUACUCGGAGCUGAUCGGGAACAUCUGCGUGGACGCGUUGUCUGCGCAGAAAUACUACCACUUCGUGCGCUUGAUGGGCCGCUCGGCGUCGCACAUCACCAUGGAAUGCGCGUUCGAGACGCACCCGAACUACACGUUCAUCGGCGAGGAGAUCUCCCAGAAGAAGAAGUCGGUGAAGCAGAUCACGCAGGAAGUGGUGGAUCUGAUCGUGGAGCGCGCCAAGCUCGGCAAGAACUACGGCGUGAUUCUUCUCCCCGAGGGACUCAUCGAGUUCAUCCCCGAAAUGGGCUCGCUGAUCGAGGAGCUCAACGAGGUCAUCGCGGCCGGCCACACCGCGCAGGACGACAUCGCCGCGCACCUGCAGCCGGCGUCGCGCGAGCUGUUCGACUAUCUGCCGCAGUCGCUGCGCGAUCAGCUGACGCUGGACCGCGAUUCGCACGGCAACGUGAAGGUCUCGCAGAUCGAAACGGAGAAGUUCAUCGUGUCCUGCGUGCAGAAGGAGCUGGACGCGCUCAAAGCGCAGGGCGUAUACUCGGGCUCGUUCAACGCGCAGUGCCACUUCUUCGGGUACGAGGGCCGCUGCGGCCUGCCGUCGUGCUUCGACACGAACUACUGCUACGCGCUGGGCUACAACGCGGGCGUGCUGAUCCACGAGGGACUCAACGGCAUGAUGUCCACCAUCAGCAACCUGGACGCUCCGGUGGAGGCGUGGACGGCGGGCGGCGUGCCGGUGACGAUGAUGAUGAAUAUCGAGCGACGCAACGGAAAGGACGAGCCGGUGAUCAAGAAGGCGCUCGUGGAGCUGGACGGACUGCCCUAUCGACGCUUUGUCGAGCAGGCCAAGAAGUGGAGACUCGGAGAUUGCUAUAGCUUCCCGGGACCCAUUCAGUUCACGGGACCCGCGGCGAACGUGAUCAACCAGACGCUGGCGUACGAGAUCGAGGAGAGAAGAAUGAGAAAGCAUUGAGGAGGGUUUUGAGUCGUUUUUGGCGUGUUUGUUGCAGUCAGUCAGGGGUGUGGGAGGAAGGUGGUGAAGGAAAGGAGAUAAGUGAGUGGAAUUUAGUGGAAUUGCUUUGUUUUCGAGGAUCCAAUGGAAUUUAGAAUGGAAUCCAUUUGUGGCACUUGGUGAUAAUUAAUUUCAUUUUGGAAGGGGGGUAGGAGUGUGGAGAUUGGCAAAAAUAGUUUUGUGUAAAGAUCAUUUCGAAUGCCUAUUGGAAAUACUGUAUACCUGUUCACGCGCAAACAAAUGGGAGACGAUAACGAGCUUGGAAGAAAGCUGAUUCGUGGCUUCCUUGGAAACCUCGCGAAGCAAGAAGUACUCCCCAAGCUCUUGUUCUUUGUCAACGAGGGAACCUUCCUGGUGUGCACGGAGGACGAAACGCUUCUGACGCCUCUCCGCGCUCUGGCUGAUAAGGGAGUGGAUAUCGCCGUGUGCAAGACGUGCCUGGACUUCUACAACAUCCCUGUGGAGAAGAUGCCGCUGGGUCGCGUUGGAACUUCUCCGGAGUUCGUGAAGAUCACCACGGAGUUCCCUGUCAUGACUGUCACAUAAUUGGGUUUUUGUGAUGCC